CCCGAUCGUGGUCGCGGUGGUUUGGUAGUAUAAAACGAUCCAUUUCUUCGGAAGGAAGCAUCAGUGAUCUUUCGACAGCUCUUGCAACAACAACUAGCCACGAAACCACUAGCAAUGAAGGUAUUCAUCGUUCUAGCAGUGAGCAUUGCCAGCAUGGCUGGCAGCGGUUAUGCCACAAAGGCAGCGACCGAUAAGAAAAAGACAGUCGACAAACGAAGCCCCUGGCAGCUGGGGUCUUACUACAGCGGAUUUGGAGACAGUUUAGCGCGAUCGGACGAUGCACAUGGACACGGGGCAAGCUCCUCCUUCUCCGAGCAGCACUUUGGCGGCGGUGCUGGUGGAUGGCAUCAGGAGUACCAACCUCAAGCACAGCACUGGGGCCAAUCGGGCGCAUCCGAGCACGAACCAAAGUCACUCGGUCAUCCGGUUCACGAAUGGCACUCGGAACCCGCACCUCAGGCACACCACUUCGACGAGCAUGUCCAACAGCAGCCGCAGUUCCACUACGGAGGAUCUUCCUUCCAGCAGCCAAAGGUAGAACAAUCGUACGGAUGGCAUCAUCAGAAUCUGCGCGAUGAAGACUCCAAGGACUGGGGACUGCAGCAUCAACAGCCUGCCCAGCUACACCAGUCCGGUGGUGGAUCUUCCGGCGAGUGGCAUCAGGAUGAGUCAAAGGAUAAGGAUGCUGGACAUGGUGAUUGGGCACCGCUCUCUAGCGGUAGCUCCGACCUGCACAAGGAACACUCGGCCCAAUCGGUUGCGACGGAGUCGAAAGAACAUCACCACCAGGAAUGGUCGCCAGUUGAAGCGAAGACUGAGGAGCACCACGAUGGACAUCAUCACACGAAGAUCAUCAAGGUGCCGUACCCGGUGCACAUCGAGAAGCCGUACCCCGUGUACAUUGAGAAGCCGUUCAUCGUGGAAAAGCCUGUGCCACUGAAGCUGUACAUUAAGAAGAAGUCUCAUCAUUAAGCGUAACGCUAAAGAAAAGUCAUGUAAGCUAGGUUAGGAAAAGUGAAACUCCUGUAACUAAUAAAAGUGUAAAUUGUUUCGUUUUAU